GCCAGUCCUCCGCCAUAUUGACUGUUGUCUUGACUGUGGGGAUAUAUAGGGAACAUUUUGAGGUCCGAGUAGAGAAACGCAAAGUGUGCUCUGAAAAAAAAUCACCGAAACUGGUGCAAAACUUUGCCCCCCCAAAAGCGUGAUUACAAACACCGAUCGACCGAUGGCGAGGAAGAAAAGCAAGCAGCAGCAAGCGGUCGGCCAGAAGGAGCUUGUGGCUGGACAGAACCCACCGAAGAGUCCCGUCUCCCCCGGAGAUGCAGCCGGCGGCGGCGGCGGGGAUGCGGGGCUGGACCGGCUGGCCAACGCCAGGGCGAACCAGCCCAUGCACACCUGCUGUCUCCUGUGCCAUCGAGAGUUUAAGGACUGGGGAGCAGGCUCUGUGAACGGACUUCCCGGGGGCCACGGGACGAAGCUGGCUGACGCCGUGCCUGCGCUCUCACAAGCUUUGCUGCGAGAAGCGUCGGGACGAAAGCUCGCCGACGCCGUGCCCUCGCUGUCUCAGUCCCUGCUGGGAGAGGUGCCGCUGUGGAUCUGUCAGAGCUGCUGUAAGAGUGUGGAAGAGGAGGAGAGGCGGAGCACACAGGAGCAGCCGACACAGGUGCCAUUGUCACACUCUUCCUCUUGUAAGUCCCAAAGCUGUGGGAACGGUUACCCGGAGCAAAGUACUGUUGAUUGGGACCCGAGUUCCUUCCUGUCAGCCCACAAACUGUCAGGUCUCUGGAACUCUGCCCACACCAACGGAGGGGAGCACUGCAACCACAACACUUCUUCACACACGCAGCAAGGUCUGUCAUCACAGGGUGUAUCAGUAGGAUCAACCUGUCAUGAGAAAAGGAGCCUUCAUGAAGCGCCUGGAAAAUCUACUAAAACGUCGGUGCCCAAAGUCUGUCCGUACAGCCACCCGUCAUCCCAGAACUCCAGUGGAUCUUCUGCUGGGAACCCCUUGUCUACCUCAGCAGACCUUUGUAAAACUACCCCCAAGCACUUCAAGACCAUGUGCCGUCGACCAACACCGCCAGGUGAAGCCUUCCAUCCCAACGACCACCAUCAACACGUAGACUUGUCGGUACCCCCAAACAGUCCCACUGGUCUUUCUUCUCACCAUUCCUCCUUGUUGCCCCCAAAGCCGAACUCUGGGCAGCAUGGCCACGUAACCUCCUCCUGUGCUACUGGUGUGGCGGCCCAUGCUCCAUUCUCACCGCUGGUACCAAACCUUCACAGCCCCACAGCCAAACUUAACUCUUCAAGUCCAGAGAGUCCAACAUCUGUCCACAAGCCCAGCCCGUGCAAAAACUCACACAUUCCUGCUGUGAACACGCAACACAGCAAACUUGGCACGUCCCUCAUGGGCUGCAACCACUCUUGUAACGGACACAAUCCAGGAACGGUGGCCCCCUCCAACGUAGGCCAUCUAACAGCGGGGGCCUGCAGGGAUCAAGCAUGUAAGGGGCACAAAGUGACAAAUGGAACAUUAUGCCAUCCUUCAUCUGAGUUAGAGGAAGGAGAGGAUGAAGACAGCAGCUCUGAGAGGAGCUCCUGCGCCUCCUCCUCCACCAACCAGAAGGAUGGGAAGUACUGCGACUGCUGCUACUGCGAGUUCUUUGGACACAAUGCGCCUCCAGCUGCACCAACGAGCCGAAAUUACGCUGAGAUCCGAGAGAAACUUCGCUCACGUCUCACCCGGCGUAAGGAGGAGCUGCCUCCGCGUCAAGAUUCAGAACUGACAACAACUGGUGCCAUUGACAACAGGGAUGUAGACGAGCUGCUCGACUUCAUCAACAGUUCUGAGCCCAAACCUGUCAACAGUGCCAAGGCUGCCAAAAGGGCUCGGCACAAACAGAAAAAGAAGGAAAAAGCUCAGCAGGGCAGCAUGGGAUCUGCAAGCAGUGACCCCCACUCUAAUCCCUCUGAGCCCGUCGAUGAACCCAUCCCCGAUGGCACAGAAACCAAUCGGUUGCUUGACUGGCCUCAGCUGGAGCUUGAAAGGGUCAACAGUUUUCUUACAAGUCGACUAGAAGAGAUUAAGAACACCAUCAAAGACUCAAUCCGGGCCUCAUUUAGCAUGUACGACCUCAAUCUGGAUGUCAAUGACUUCCCAAAGAAGGCAGCGACAUUGGAGGGAAACCAUUUACUGUCCCAUCUCAAUGGUUCCUCUGACUUGCAGCAGAUAGAUCUGGACCUCUCUCCUCUUUCGUUGGGAAACUUUAAGAGCCACCUGGACCUGGUUAAUGGAUGGGAGGACACGAAUAUUACCUCAUCCUCAAGUGCCGCUACCACCACCACCACUACCACUUCAUCAUCGGGGGUUAAUGCUGCUUCAAAGGAAAACCAGCGGUUGCAGACUACCACCAGUUUCUCAAAGUUCAUAAGCGCUCGCUCCCCAGAUAAAUGCACUUCCGGAUCUGACAAUUUGCCACAGGUGCCCACUCAGGCGACGGCUAAAUCAAAGGACGACACCCCCGAACCCAAAAACGCAACAACUGGAAAUGGUGGUGCAAAGUCAAAGAAGAAUAAAAAGCAGCAGAGACAGGAGCAACCUCUUCCGGAGCAAAAUCUCAAUAAACCAACCAAAGCUGCCUCUGGGAAUGAAGCACAGCAACCCAGUGAGCCUAAAGAAAUGACUUUCAAUGGCUCAAAGUCUGGCAGCAAACAGCUGCAACACUCUGCAGAGAACCAGAGGAAUGGCCCCAAGAAAGCAGAUGAGGGCAGAACAUCCAAACAUGCAACAAAUGGAGCAAAUGGUGGCCCUUUGGGUGCUCAGAGGGGGAAGAGUGAUACAGAGACACGAGGUCGAUUUGAGCAAGAAAUGGGGAACAAAGCCAAUCCCGCCCUUCCAGCAAAUGGGACUCAACAGCAGCAAUCCAAGGGGAAAAAUAAGAAGAACAAAAACAAGGGUGAAAAGUCCAACAAUGUUAUUGAUGAUGUAUUUCUUCCUAAAGAUGGGGAUCCAACACAAAUGGAUGAGAUUGAUCGGGAGGUGGAACACUUCAAAAGGUUUUGUCUCGAUUCUGCAAAGCAAACUCGCCAGAAGGUAGCAGUGAACUGGUCCAACUUCACCCUCAAAAAGGUUCCCACCAAUGCAGCUCAAUAACUUGGACGAGUGCCAGAGAAAAACUUACCAGAAACUCUCUCAGUGGAGCUCUGUUUGGCCCGAGGCCUUCUCAUUCCCAGUUUUCUUCUUCUCGUCCUCCUUACAAAGCCAAGGGACCCUGGUUUAAAAAUCCUACUCCUCUAUUCAGAAGACUGAGACUUUGCUUGAGACUUACAAGCCAGGGUGCAUUCUCGACGCCGACUAUACCCUUCGCUAUUAUCGCAAUGUUCACUGACUGAGAGAUGCAAAAAUGGAAAGAAAAAACAUCUGUUGAAGUAACUGCAUCCAUGUGCUUACAUAUGUAGUAUGUAAACAAGUACCUUACAUGAAAUAAAUGGUUUUAUCACAAAUCUGAGACAUUUUAACGUUGUUAAACUGCUGAAUUCCAUUCAGUUCAAUCUGGUGCUCGCCAUCCAUCCUGCUUCUCUACAAUCCAACCCAAUACAGUAGUCUCAAUGGGCAUUUGUCUUAUACUGUACGAGUGUUUGAAAGUAGCACAAGACAACCUUUUGACGCAAUACUAAGAAAAAUACAUCUACAGGCAACAACUGUAAUGGCACUUGCAUUGAUUUUACUUAGGCCUCUGUUACCUGCUCAACAUUUAUAAUUGUCCCAAAUUUUUAUUCUGAUAACCAAAUAUUUUAAAAGUCACUCUGAGACAAAUGAACUUCCUACACUGUCUUGUUAUGAAAUGACAAAAGGAAAAAAAAUGAAGCAUGACAUUUAACUAUUACGACAGCAACACUAAUAUAAUCUUUUAUCAAUUUAGUGAUUACAUUUUUUUUUAACAUUUGGCCGAUGGGAUGCACAUGCAUCUCUGUGCAUGAUGUAUGCCACAGGAAAAAAAAACUGAACUCUGAUUCCCGAAAGUGCACUGGGAGAUGUUAAAUGUGUGUGUUGCUUCAGUGUCAGUCCCCCUGUGGUGUUUAGUAUUAAGCAAUUAUAUUUUAUAUUCUACACACACUCUGCCAUCUGUAAAAAAUAAAAUCCAUUACUGUAACUUUUUCCAUCCCUAAACUGGUAUUUAGAUCCCAACACCACAUGAACCCCAUGUGCAAUGUUUCAUUUUGACAGUGGUUGGAAACCUGUUUGAAGCAGCUAAUUUAAAUGCUUGUACAUAAUAAGUUAGUGAAAAUGCUUCGGCCCAUCCAAGCCUUUGUCAAGCAUUUCUGAGUGUGAGUAAAUGAAUGAGCAAGUUUCCUUUAAAGCCAUGCUACUGUUAUUUGUACUCUUAUCCUGAUGACACCCACCUGUCUGAAGCUCCAGUCUUGAUUAUCCUUUAAUGACAAAUAUCACUUAAGAGACCUUUGGGACAGGAGCCUUAGGUUUGACGCCAAUAUCAAUGUUUUAGCUUAUGGUUUUGAUUAAGAUGGAUGAUUUUUUUUUUUUUUUAAUCUGUGCUGAAAUUUUUUUUUUUAAUAUAACAUCUCUGAUGCUUUCCGAGUUACACUCAAUUAGAGAAUAUUAUCUUAAUGUUUCGAAUGUAGAUUUAUACUAUACCAAUAAUAGCCAAGUGUGUGUUGGCUUGUUUCCUUUUUUUAUUAUUCACUUUUGAUACUGUGAAAAAAAUCUUUCGGUCCGAAAGAUUAAAAC